AACACCCACCGACUUAGUACUGUUUGCAUUCUUCAAGUAAAUUUUCUUAUAAUAAGUACUGUGGUUGUUCGGAAAACCACUAUUUGAAUCACAGUCGUCAAGCAAGAAUACAAUAUUCCCAUAACAUUAUAAAAUCGUCAUAGGUCUCGUUUUCACAACGGCUUUUAACUGCUAAAACUAAUAAUUUAACAUUCUGUAUCCAAGUUUAUCGUUUGAACACUUAAAAUGUAUUCGAAAAUCAUGAUGCUAUUUAUUUGCAUUGCAUGGUACGUUUUGCAAUGUCAAGGUUUUGAUAGAAAACCUAAUGAGAGUCAAAAAGCAUUAAUACGAGGGAAAGUCGUUAGUAUGUUUCGCGCACUGAAUUACUUGAGGCACGAAGACGCAAAAACUAUAGCUGACCAAGUACAAGCGGAAACAGGGGCAAUAGGAUAUUUCCUCAGCCGUAAUGAAUUUGAAACAUUAUGUGAAGAUCGUCAGUAUUCGAAAAUAGAUUGUAUCUGGAUCGUUAGAUUUAUUGUAGGUGACGAUAGGGAGAAGGAAUAUGCAGAAACAUUAUUUCUAAGAAAUGGACAUACGAAUGGUAUAAACUUUAAUCAAUUAAGUUUUAUCACUCAUGAAAUAAGAGGAAGAGUGCAUAAGGAGACAUCCCUUGAUAGAAAGAGCCAAUUGAAAUUGGAUUUGACAGCAUACACAUAUCCUAUUGGGACAAUAGAUGAUGCCAUUCGUACCAUUACUAGAACUUUUAGUUUUGCAGUUUUAUAAUAAUACAUGUAUGUACUAUGUAAUACUAAAUGUCACUUACAAAAUUGUAUUCUUGAUUGGAAAAUAAACCAUUUUGCUCUUA